CCGGCGGGCCGGUGGAUGCCCAUGGCUUUCAGCCCGGGGCUGCUGGUGGUGGCCGGUUCCUUCGCCGCUUUCCGCCUGCUGAACCGGGGGCUGGAGCGGCUGGUGCCACCGCCACCCUCGGCCCGGCGCAACCGCUGGAAGUGGCGCAACAUCUGGACAUCGCUGGCGCACAGCGUGCUCAGCGGCGGCGGGGCGCUGGCCGGGUUUUACCUCCACCCCGAGAUGUCCAACGACCUGGUGGGCACACACCCGCCCGGGGCGCACAGCCUGGUGGCCGUGUCUGUAGGCUAUUUCAUUGAAGACUUUGUGGACAUGUUGUGCAAUCAGAAACUUCAUCAGUCCUGGGAGCUGCUCUUUCAUCACUCUGUGGUGAUCAUCUGCUUUGGAAUCGCCGUGCUGCUCCACCAGUACGUGGGCUUCGCCCUCGUGGCUUUGCUGGUGGAGAUCAACUCCAUCUUCCUGCACCUGCGGCAGAUCCUGCUCAUGGCCGACCUGGUGCGCACGCCCUGCUACCGCCUCAACAGCCUGGUCAACCUGGGCACCUACGUGGUGUUCCGCAUGGCCACGCUGGCCUGGAUGAGCCGCUGGCUCUUCCUCAACCGCCACAACGUGCCCACGGCCGCCUACGCCGUGGGCACGGCGGGCAUGGCAAUCAUGACGCCCAUGAACAUCGUCCUCUUCUACCGCCUGCUGCGCAGCGACUUCCUCAAGGCCCGGCGGGACAAAGAGGAAGGGCAGGAGAAGGAGGAAGAGCAGGAGAAG